UUGAUUUUCAAUUCAAUUCCAGUUCAAGAAUUAAAUCUUUUUAUUGCGCGAGCUGAUGAUUUUCCUCUGCCCCAUAGAAUGACUGUAUGUAAAUCAUGGCUGUGAACAAAGAGUAUUACGAGGUACUAGGAGUUGAAGUGGAUGCCUCUCGUGCAGAGAUCAACAAAGCUUAUUACCAUAAGGCAAAAGAGGUUCAUCCUGAUAAAAAUCAUGGAGAUCCAGAAGCUGCUGCUCGAGAUUUUUGUUUAUUAGGUGAGGCUUAUCAGAUACUAAGUGACCCCGAAAAGCGAGAAGCGUAUAACAAAUAUGGAAAAGGGGAUUCGACCAAGAACUCUGUCAUUGAUCCAACUGUUCUAUUUGGAAUGAUGGUAGAAAACGAUACUUUCGAGAAUUAUGUGGGGCAGCUUUCUUUGCUUUCACCGCCCUCUGAAUUUGAUCCGAAUUUACCCCCAGAAGUUCAAAAACCGAAACUCGAGAAGAUAAUGAAGGCAAUGCAAGAGGAAAGAGAAGAGAAACUUAUAAAUAUUCUGAAAAAUAAUCUCGAACCAUAUGUAAAAGGGCAAAAGGAUGAAUUUUUGGAAUUGGCAAAUUCGGAAGCUCACCGUCUUUCCCAAGCUGCUUUUGGCCAGGCCAUGUUGCAAACAAUCGGGUACAUCUACUCGAGGCAAGCUGCAAGAGAAAUUGGAAGGAGAAAGUGCUAUAUGAAGGUUCCUUAUGCUGCAGAAUGGGUUUUGAAAGAUUCAAAUGCUUCGAAAGACAUUCUCUAUUUGCGGGCCCGCGGUUUGAAAAAGCUCGGCACCAUUUUCCUCGUAAGGUGCAAAGGAAAGAUAAAAACAGCUUUUGAAGCAUUGAGACCUUCGAUUGAUUGGAGAGCUGGCCGUCCAGUAGCGUGGAAGGAAGUCAGUACAACUCAUGAGUUGCCCGAGGCAAUAUAUCACGAUGAAAAAUUACGUGAAAUCCACGAAAGGCUUCUUGAGGAGAUGACGAACGAUUAUGGAGGAUUCGAAAGCACGCCGGUUCUCAACAAACCUCGAUUCAAGCGCAUUCCAAACUAA